AUGGCCUCAGGGAAAGACACUUGUCCUAUCUUACCUAAGCUUGCCAAUAGCUGUUGUGAGGAGAGUUCAUAUAAGCCUUCUAAUAAGUGUAAUGAGGUUCAUUUACCACGGUUUUCAUUAAAGCAAGGGAUGAUCCCAAGACGUUACAUUAUGCCUUGGAAAGAAAACAUGAAAUUCAGGAAUGUGAAUCUGCAGCACGCAGAAGCGUGUGGGAUCCACGCUGGCCCUUUAGAAGACUCUCUGUUUUUGAAUCACAGCGAAAGGCUUUGCCAUGGGGAAGACCAGAAAGUUGUCUUGAAGAAAGGCCCCCCAGAAAUAAAAAUUGCCGAUAUGCCUCUGCAUUCGCCGCUCUCCAGAUACCAAAGCACUGUGAUCUCCCACGGCUUCAGGAGGCGACUGGUCUGA